AUGGAGGAGGACGGGGCGCAACUUCUGCAGCAGACAGGACUUGAUCCUAUUUCUCGACCAGACUCUACUUCAACUUCAGCUUCAUUACCACACGUAUUACCAGGCAUUUCAGCCCUUGCUGCUGCCAACGCGGCUACAGAAGCGACAUCUCAACUAAGAGCAUCGGCCGCUCCGUCGCCCGCAAUGUAUGCCACUGCAUCUCCUGCCGCAACGAGUGGGGGAUCUGGAAGCACAAUGCCUACCUGCCAAAACUGCAGUACCUCUACAACACCAUUAUGGCGUCGCGACGAAUUCGGUUCGGUUCUGUGCAAUGCCUGUGGCUUGUUCCUCAAGCUGCAUGGUAGACCCCGGCCAAUUUCCCUCAAGACAGACGUUAUCAAGAGUCGCAAUCGAGUCAAGACAAUGCGCCCUGACUUGGCGAACAAGAAAAAGCAACAACAACAGCAGCAGCAAGCAGCUGCGCAAGGAUUCCCUACGACCGAUGCAAAUGGAUUCGACACGACCGGACAGGCUGCCGCCGCCGCCGCACACGCUGCUCAAGCCGCGCGACGAGCCUCCCAGAGAUCGAACGGCCAUGACGGAGCAGACUCACCAAUUUCUCGCACUGGUACUCCCUCUAUGUACGCGCAUGGCCUGUCCUCCUUCAUGGUCGACGACCCUUACCAGACCGGCUUUGUCGCAACAGGGGAAGGUCGCGCGUCAUCUCCCACGAACGGGGACCGCAAAAUGGACGCGCCACAGACGCAUGAGCAGCUUAUCGCGCACAACUCAAGCCUGAAGACGCGGGUUAGCGAACUCGAAGUCAUCAUUGAGCUUUUCCGAGGCCGCCUUAGUCAACUCGAGCAACAAGAAGCUGUCGUUAGAAGCGGACAGCAGUUAGGCCAGUUGCGUUCCCAACUUGAGCAAACACAAGAGAGCGAGGCUCAGCUGCGCCGGCAGCUCGAGGAUAGCCAUCGACGAGAGAGUAGCCUUAAGCGACGCCUAGAUGAACUUGAACUCGAGCUUCAAGCUUUCCAAGAAGCCAACUCGGCCCCCGGAGAGCGACCCGCUAAGAGACCCCGUACCAUUGAAGAGCCCACAAGGACCCAAGCAGAAGCAGAUAUUGAGGCGGCUGCUGAAGCGUUGCUGGCUUCGGAAGCCUCUAGACCGAGUGAGGCUGCUGAGUCUGCCCCUGCUGUGGAUGGUCCUGAACCAACUGAGUUGCCACAACCCUCCGAGGGUUCAAAAGAAGGUUCUGUUCCUAAAACCGAGGAUGAGAUCGAGGCCGCGGACGUUCCGAUUGAUCCUAACAUGCCCGUGAUUGGCGAUGUUUCUCAACCUGCGGCAGCAGAAGAAACAACGCCAACUGAGGAUGUUGAAAUCCCUGAUGCACAUGACGCACCCGAAGCACCUGAUGCCGCUGCCACCGCCGAUGCCACUCCUGAGGCUACUGAAGGGACAGAAACUCCUGCGCCCGGCACUGCAGCUACAUGA